AACUAUUCUUUUUUUUCAUUCAAAAAAGCAUAUAUUAUAAUUGUUGAAGCAAGAAAUAAUGUUGUUAUUACAUGUCUUAUCUUUCUACUUUUUUCCAUUGUUCCUCUUGCUACUCUUCCUCUUCCUAUGCUUUUCCCUUAUUACUACUACUCCAACAGACCACAAAAGCUUGCCACCACCUUCUCCUCCAAAGCUCCCAAUUGUUGGGAAUCUCCACCAACUGGGCUUGUUCCCUCACCGCACUCUUCGAUCACUGGCUCAAAAAUAUGGACCCCUUAUGCAACUUCACUUCGGCAGUGUUCCAGUCCUUGUUGUCUCCUCAGCCGUUGCAGCUCGCGAAAUCAUGAAAACCCAUGAUCUCGCCUUUUCAAGCAGACCUAAAACAAUUAAUGGGAGCAAAAUUGUUUAUGACUGCAAGGACGUCGCUUUUAGUCCCUAUGGCGAGCAUUGGAGGCAGGUAAGAAGCAUUUGUGUCGUCCACCUUCUUAGUAAUAGGAUGGUGCAGUCCUUUCGAAACGUUAGAGAAGAAGAAACCGCCCUUAUGAUUGAAAAAAUCAAAAACUCUUCUUCCUCUUCUUCGUCUUCGUCGGUAAACUUGACCGACAUGUUUGUGACACUUACAAAUGAUAUAGUGUGUAGGGUUGCGUUGGGGAGGAAAUACAGUGGAACGACAGGAGGGAAGAGUUUUAAGGAACUCCUCGCGACACUUGGGGAAUUGAUAGGUGUUUUCAAUGUAGGGGAUUAUAUCCCAUGGCUUGUUUGGAUGAAUCGAAUCAAUGGUUUGGAUGCCAAAGUGGAGAAGUUUUCUAAAGUGAUGGAUGAAUUUCUUGAGGGAGUAGUUGAAGAACAUGUUGAUAGAAGAAAAAGAGACAACAGUUAUAGUGUGAAUAUUGGAAAUGAAAACAAACAUGACUUUGUGGAUCUUCUACUUCAAAUCCAACUAGAGAAUACAUCUGGCUCUCUUGUUCAUAGAGAUACCAUCAAAGCUCUCAUCUUGGACAUGUUUGCUGCUGGAACUGAUACCAUAUUCACAACGAUGGUGUGGACAAUGGCAGAGCUCUUAAAACACCCACAAAUCAUGAAAAAACUACAAAAUGAGGUAAGAGAAGUAGCCAAAGGCAAAUUAAAUAUAACAGAGGAUGAUUUAGUAAACAUGCACUAUUUGAAAGCAGUGAUCAAAGAAUCUCUAAGGAUUCAUCCUCCUAUUCCAUUGUUGUUUCCUCGAGAAUCAGUCCAAGAAGCCAAGGUAAUGGGCUAUGACAUUGUAGCUGGCAGGCAAGUGAUUGUCAAUGCUUGGGCAAUUGCAAGAGACCCGUUUUCAUGGGAAGAUCCUGAGGAGUUUCGACCAGAGAGGUUCUUGAAUAGUUCAAUAGAUUUCAAAGGACACGACUUUGAGUUUAUUCCUUUUGGUGCUGGUCGGAGGGGUUGCCCUGGGACUCUAUUCGCCAUGAAUGUUGAUGAGCUUGUACUUGCAAGUGUUGUUCACAAGUUUGACUUGUCGUUACCAGAUGGAUCAAGUGGGGAAGAUUUGGACAUGACUGAAGCUGCUGGUAUAACUAUCCAUAAAAAAAACCCUCUAAUUGUUGUUCCAACUCCUUACUCUUGCUAGUGUGAUAAAGUUUGCUAUAUAUUUUGUGUUUUUUGCUUAGUUCGAGCUAUAUGUUGGAUCAAUGAUUGUUAAAUAAAAGAAAAUAAAUGUCUCGCCAUACAAAUUUCAAUGAAUUUUGUGUUUGAGAGUUGUAUUAGAUAGAUUGCUAAUUCUAGUUCUAAAUAAAUCAGUUUACAUAAGAAGUAUUUUUUCUC